UGAGAGAUUUUGCCUGCCACCAGAUGCAACAGUUACAUACAAGGAUGCAACAGGAACAGAAGUUGAUGCAGAGAUAUUCAGUGACCUCGUUGGACAAGGCAAUGUGGUGCUGACUGUUUUCUCAAAUGAUGUUGGUCGAAGAUGUUUUAAAAUCCAAGUCCGGUGGUGAAGCCAUAUUACAGGAGUAUCAAGAAACAGAAACGCUUACAGAUGCCACAAGAAGACAAAUGGUUAACAUCCUGGUGGCUCACAUGAUUGAUAUGCAUGGGCAACUCCCUACUAAACCUAUCAGAGAACAGUAUGCUCAUGGCAUAGUGGUGCUGUUCCCUUCCCUGAGAGAUCCAUAUUCCAAGAAAGGCUAUGAACACUUUUAUGAUGCUGCAAGCAACACAGGAUACAUUGCUUGGCGUAUGAAAACUGUCCACAGCCAGAUUCGACGAGGAUCUUUGCCACUAGACAGCCCUCGUGAUGUUUCUCCAGGAGGCCCAAAAUGCCAAAGGGCUACUAAUUUUGAAGGGCAACUUGAUGGGGAUGCUUGCAGAGAAGCUAUGUCUUUGCUCAACCAUACCACAGACAAGUCCCUAAUAUUCCAAAAGAUGAGAGAGACCUUUCAGCAUCGCCAGAAGCUCGUUAAAGAUUCAGGCUCUACUGCUGAUAUCCUCUCCACCUUCCCAAGAUUCCUAGAUACAAAAGGGCUGGUGGAUCAAGACUUCACUCUCCUGUUUGAUGCUGAGACAUCAUCCAGGCUGCUUCAGAAGUGGGACACGUUCUUCAUGCCAAAUGUCAUUAAAGAGGCCAAGCAAGUUACUUCAACACCAGAGCUGAGUCAGUUGUUGCUAUCAGCAGAACGUCCUGAAGGAAGUUAUCUCCAUGAAACAAUCUAUGACCAGGAAAUGGCAUCUCUUCUUUUAUUGAUACAUCUCCUUCCACCACCACCAGGAGGACAAAAGUCUCCAAAAAUCAGUGCAUGUGAUGCUGCUGAAAGACUUGUAAUCUUUCAUAAGUCAUGCUGCAGUUUGGAGAAGCACCUCAACAGCAAACAGCAUCAGCAUCCAUACCUCCUUGCUGUUGGACGCCAGAAAAGCAAGAUUGACAGCUUCUACAUCGCCCUGGAUAAGCAUCUCAUCCCAUGCCAGGCAAACCGCUCCCUUGGAGCAUUUGAUGAACUUUUCAAGGCACAUUUUGUGUUCAAUUUGUCCUAUGAUUGUGCACUUGUAAACUUUUACACAUUCCUGCAAACGACUGUGUACAACAUUGAUGUAGGGAAAAUGAAGGAGUCUCCCAGGGUUAGAGAUUUGAGAGCCAGACUGCUUAAUCAGACAGUAACCUUAACUUAGUCGGGCAGUAUGAUAUUGAGAGAAUGCUGAUCUGUUUUAUUCGUCAAAAACAGCGCCCAGACAGUCAACAGUUGAUUUCGCAUUUAAGAGGCGAACAUAGUUACUACCCUGGAUCUAAGUUCAAAUUAAUUUGUUCUCAGCAAGGUUGCAGGCAUCAGUUCCAAACGUAUGCAGGUUUUCGUAAGCACCUUAAUAGUGUUCAUUGCAAUGUUCAGAUGAUUGCUCAAAGUUCAACUGUUAGAUGUUCAAGUGAGCCAGUUGCAAGCUCAUCUCAAGUAGAUGCUUUGGAGGACCUUAUGGAUCCCCAGCAUCAGUCUCCUUUUUCCAGUGCUAUAUCAGAGAACAAUGAUUUAGGGCUUAUUAAAAAUUCAACUAAAAAAUUGUGUGAAUCCAUAGUGGCCAAAAUACAAGCAAGUGGGAUUCCAAACAGUUUGGUGUCCUCAAUUGUGGGAGAUUUAGAGGAGCUAACAGAUGAGCUUCACUCACAAACAAAGCAUAACAUACUCUCUGCUUGACCCCUGCAAAACUGUAAUAAAUGAAUCAUUUGAAAAGUUAGAAAACCCAUUCAUAAAUCUAAAUUAUCCAAUAUGAUAUCUAAGAUGGCGGCGCGGCAGUAGCACGCAGCGGCCUCUCCGGAUUCAAUACGGUGCUAAUUACGUUUUUAAGUUUUUAUUUACGGUUUUGAGCCCGACCAUUGCUUCUACA